AUGUAUAGAUCUGUUUUUAGAAGUGCGUUACGCCAGGCUCCUAGAGCCAGAUUCAUGUCGACCACCACCCCAAGAGCCUCGUCGAUCGCUCCAAAAUUAGCCAUCGGGGCCUCUUUGGUUGCUACCUCCAUCUUCCUCUUGCCAUCUUCUGCCGUGGAAAAUGAUGCUGACAAGAAGAAGGUGGCAAAGGAUAAGGAGGCUGCUAAGUCCGAAAAGAUUGGCAAAUCUGAGAAGAGUGAGGUUACUGAGAAGUCUGAAAAGAGCGAAACCGCUGAAUCCGAAGCCACUGAACAGACUCCAGAAGGUGAAGAGGGCCAGCAAAGUGCUGCUUUUAACCCAGAGACCGGAGAGAUCAACUGGGACUGUCCAUGUUUGGGUGGAAUGGCCCACGGACCAUGUGGAGAGGAGUUCAAGGAGGCAUUUGCCUGCUUUGUGUACUCUGAGACUGAACCUAAGGGCAUUGAUUGUAUCACUAAGUUUGAGGCCAUGAGAACAUGCUUCAAGCAGCACCCAGAGCACUACAAGGAGGAAUUGUACGAGGAUGAUGACGAGUCAGUUCCAAGCGUGGAGCCUGUUGCCGAGGUCGUUGCAGUUACAGAAGUUGCAGAGAUUGAGACAGAGCCUGCCCAGCCAGUUGAGGCUAAGCACAAGUUGACAUUCGAUGAACGUUUCCACGUGGAGAGUGAGUCGGACGAAAAGGAGCCUGGCGUGAUCGAGGUCGUCACCGCCGACCUGGCCUAA